AUGUUUACGGCCACGCCUACAGCUCAAGAGAGGGACCCGAAAGAAGGCUACAAAGACGAAUCUUCCGACGCCGAUUCCGACUUCGAGAACGACUUAGCCGAUCAACAAGCUCGCAACUCCACCGAAGUAGCUGAACAUGAUCGCGGCCUCCUGGAUGAAGAAGAAGAGAGGGAGAAGCUGCUGAUAGCUGGAGGUGCACAAAAAACCUCAUCGAAAGGCUUCUUCGGCAGGAGACAGAAAGAUAAGAAGCUAGCAGAAAUUGAGCUCAACGAGAACGAGCGGAAACCUCGAAGAUCACACAAGACUAGAAGAGACAAGAAGGGCAGCGGUAAAGAUGAAGAGGGCGAGCUCCUGUAUGAGAUGGAGGAAGGAGGCGAGACCUAUGACACAAGUUCGCAGGCUUCGUCCAGCUCCGCAGAACUGGAGAAGCUAAACUUGGCACACUCUUCGAUGUCGAAGGUAAUUCCGAUGAAUAUCACUGUUGGAAUGAUGCUGAUGCUCCUCUCACAGCGUCGAAAGUGGGCUCUCUGGCACAUCAUUGCUAUAUCGAUAGCAGCACUCUUCGUAGCCCUCUCAUUUGGAGCCUACAAAGUCACCCGAAGCGCUCGUCCAGCACAUCUAUCUCUCCUCUCCAAUGGCUCGUCUACCUUCGCACCUACAACUAUCCUCAUCUCCCUCGAUGGCUUCCGAGCUGACUUCCUCACCCGAGGCAUCACGCCGACCUUGAACCAAUUCAUAGCAGAGGGUGUGUCCCCAAAUUACAUGAAGCCUAGCUUCCCAAGUGUCACUUUUCCGAACCACUACACCCUUGUGACCGGUCUCUAUCCCGAAUCCCACGGUGUGGUAGGCAAUACCUUCUGGGACCCCGAUUUGAAAGCGGAGUUUCACUACACAGAUCCAGCAAGAAGCAUGCAACCUAAGUGGUGGGCCGGAGGUGAACCACUAUGGGUGACAGCGGAAAAGCAAAAUGUCAAAGCGGCAAUACACAUGUGGCCUGGAUCUGAGGCUGGAGUGGAGUAUGGCGCUACAUACGUGGACAAGUUUAAUGGGAGCGAGGUGCUGUCUCGGAAGACUGAGCGUAUUCUCAGCCUACUGGAUCUCCCCAGUAUUGAAAAUGAGCUCGUGUCAGAGCUCCGACCGCAAUUUAUAGCUGCUUACGUUCCCAAUGUUGACCACAUGGGGCAUAAAUAUGGACCUAACAGCACUGAGGUCUGGGAUACUAUCUCAAACGUGGACAUGAUGCUGCAUGAUAUCUUCAUGGGACUUGAGGAGCGAAACCUGACAACUCUCGUCAAUGUGGUGGUGGUCAGCGACCACGGAAUGGCUACAACCUCGACAGACCGUCUGAUUCAGCUUGAUGACCUAAUUGACCUUGACCUCGUGGAGCAUAUCGAUGGUUGGCCCUUGUACGGCCUACGUCCCAAAAAUCCUAUCGACCUCCGAGGUCUUUAUGAUCGCUUACUGGUCGAGUCGCAAAGCAGCGGCAAUUUUGAGGUCUACCUGAAAGAAAACAUGCCUGAAAGGUAUCACUUCUCCAACAACGACCGCAUUGCGCCUCUAUGGGUGAUACCAAACACCGGUUGGGCCAUUGUCCACAAGGAAGAUUUCGAUGUGAAGAAAGCAAAAGCGAAAGGCGAGACUUACAAUCCCAAAGGCCUACAUGGAUAUGAUCAUGAGCACCCAUUGAUGCGUGCGAUCUUCGUAGCUCGGGGACCGGCAUUUCCACAUAAGCCUAAUAGCAAGCUCGAGAACUUUCAAAACACUGAGGUCUACAACAUUGUGUGCGACUCAAUAGGAAUUGAGCCUAAGCCCAAUAAUGGCACAUUCCGCCUGCCACUCAAGCCAAUUGGCCUUCACUCCGAAGAGCACACCUCUACAGAUGAUGAUCACCCAGACCUCCCAGCGGAAACCUCUCAUAUCGAUGAUCCGCCCACAGAAGCCAAUGAGCCCGAAUUAGCCGAUUCUCCAGUCGAACCAAAUGUCCAGAGCGACGGAACAUCUACGAGCAACACAAAGCCCGUCGAUCUCGUCGAUACCGAUGUUCUCAAUGACCCAGCGCUACCAGAAGACGAGGAACAAUCAAAAGAGACCAAGGAAGAACUGAACAAAUUUUGGGCUCUGGUCAAAGCCAAGAUGAAGGCUGCGCAACAGUGGGCGAAGGAGAUCGUUGCGAAUUUGAAAGCAAACCAUAAGGGUGCUGCUGAGCAAGGGAGUGAGUCAUUUGACCAAGGUGAUGCUCCCUCGUAG